GUAUCAUCCAAUAAUUAGAGCACCUCGUCAAUGUCUUUCUGCACCCAAUAUUUUUUGAAUUCCAUUUUUAUUCUUAUUUUGUUUUAUUUGUAGUUGUCUCCUUCAUGGAGACUCUGUCUUGGUAAGAUUUAAUGUGGUUUGAGAGAUAUCAGAAGCCUGGACCGCCGCUGCCACCAUUCCCGUCACCAGGAACCGCCGUGAGUCCCCGACUAGCCAUUCUUCCUUGUAUCUGCGUCGCCGCUUCUGUUCACCAGUUUGUUCACUGCUACUCACCGCCGAACUGGAUCUUCAACAGAAGCCACCGCGCGCCACUUCCGCUUGUACUCGAUGCAAACUCGCCGCUAUUGGACCCUGCAUCUCUUUGCUGCUUUGCGACGUAGGAACCCUUGGCAGCCGCUGCUAUAUCCGGUGAGAUUUAAUCAUCAUCUCCAUAUUAUUUACUGUGUUUCUCGUCAGCGUCUCCCGCUCGUUAAGGGUUUGCCUCCGGCGAAACGCAGGCGUUCCCUGGAUGUUAACUAGGUUUGAGGGUAUGGGAAGGUAAACUUGUUUGAGUUAACGAGUUGACUCGCGAUCUUGAUAACAUCGUUCGCAACCAUUAGGGAGCAAGUUGUUUCUGACACUGAUGCUGCUCGGAAGCAAAAGAGUAACUUUGAAUGCUUCAAGAUUUCUCUAUCUCUCUAGUUUCCCUUGUCUUCAUCACAUGAAGGGUACUUCCAUAGUCACUAGCACUAACACAGAUGACGCUGAGACGCACAGCAACGGGACGCAGUUCUUGAUUUUCAUGAGGCACCAAUGCAGGGCAGGUCAAGUGAAGAACUUUGAUGAAGCUUUGGACUUGUUUCAAAGAAUGGCUAGAAUGAAGCCUGUGCCUUCUGUGAAGGACUUUACUUUAUUGUUGGGUGUUAUUGUGAGGUUGAGGCAUUACACCACUGCCAUAUCUUUGGUUAAGCACAUGUAUUCUGCUCUAGGCAUAGAACCCGAUACCAUUACUCUUAAUAUUGUGAUCAACUGUCUUUGCCGCUUAAAGUUGAUAUCUUUUGGGUUCUCCGUCUUGGGGACCAUGUUCAAACUUGGUUUGGAGCCCACUGUGAUGACUCUUACCAAUCUCAUUAAUGGGCUUUGUGUGCAAGGCAAUGUGGAUCAGGCAGUGGUGUUGGCUGAUCAUAUGGAGAAAUUGGGGUAUCCAUUAGAUGUAUACACUUAUGGGGUGUUGGUUAAUGGGUUGUGUAAGACGGGAGACACUUUGGCGGCAGUUCGAUGGUUAAGGAAGAUGGAGGAAAGGAAUUGGAAACCUAAUGUGGUAGUUUAUAGCAGUGUUAUGGAUGGUUUGUGCAAGGAUGGAUUGGUAUAUGAGGCAUUAAAUUUGUUCUCUGAAAUGGGUGCAAAAGAUGUCUUGCCUAAUCUUGUCACCUAUACUUGUUUGAUUCAAGGUCUCUGCAAUUUUGGAAGAUGGAAAGAAGUUGGUUCUCUUCUGGAUGACAUGAUGAAAAUGGGAAUGAAGCCGGAUGUCCAAACACUCAAUAUUUUAGUGGAUUCUUUCUGCAAAGAAGGAAAAGUAACGCAGGCUAAAAGUGUGAUUGGGUUUAUGAUUAUAAUGGGUGAAAAACCGGAUGUCUUUACAUAUAAUUCACUGAUUCACGUUUAUUGUUUGCAAAACCAAAUGAAUGAGGCCAUGCGAAUAUUUAAUUUUAUGGUUAACGGGGGCUGUUUACCGGACAUUGCAGUUUUUACUUCACUUAUCCAUGGAUGGUGCAAGAACAAAAACAUUAACAAGGCUAUGUAUCUGUUGGAGGAAAUGGGUAAGAUGGGAUUUGUACCUGAUGUUGUCACUUGGACCACUCUUAUAGGUGGGUUUUGUCAAGCAGGUCAGUCAUUAUCUGCCAAAGAUCUGUUUUUUAAUAUGCAUGAACAUGGUAAGGUUCCUAAUAUUCAAACUUGUGCUGUUAUGUUGGAUGGCCUGUGUAAAGGAAAUCUCCUUUCUGAGGCAGUGUCAUUGGUUGAGGCAAUGGAGAAGAGUAAUUUGGAUCUUAAUAUUUUCAUUUAUACCAUUUUACUUGACGGAAUAUGCAGUUCUGGGAAAUUGAAUGAUGCAUGGGAACUGUUUUCUAGUUUGCCUGCUAAAGGCUUGCAAAUUAACGUUUAUACGUAUACCGUUAUGAUUAAGGGUCUCUGUAAACAAGGACUGUUAGAUAAAGCUGAAGACUUGCUGAUGAAUAUGGAAGAGAACUGCCCGCCAAAUAACUGCACUUACAAUGUCUUUGUCCAGGGCUUGCUGACAAAAAAGGAGAUUGCAAGGUCAAUAAAAUACCUUGCAAUUAUGAAAGACAAGGGUUUUUCAGUGGAUGCUGCCACCACAAAACUGAUUAUCAACUAUUUAUCUACUAACAAAGGAGACACUGAAAUUCAAGAAUAUUUGUUUCCCAAAUGAUAGCACAUUUCAAGAGUUUCACUAGAGCUUUAUUCAAAUCUAGUUCAUUCUGGUUUCACAAUUCUUAUUUAUAGGAUCCCAAAUUGAGAACUAGAAUGGUCUCUACGUCAGAACAUAAUUGUUAAGAAUACAAAACCAUUUCCGUUAAAGUACUUCCACCUGACCAAUUAUGUGAGUAGGAGAGUUGGUCCUUAAAAUGUUAUCAUAACUUCUAUAAAUAAGGACUUGUGAGUUUGGUCCCUGUUGUUUCUAUUCUUCAUAAUUAACUCAGGGGAAGUGUGUUUGUGCUCCGUCCACACUUCAAGCUCAAGAAGCUGUUGUUAAGGCGAUUUUAGAUGAACUUUUCUUUAGCUCCACUGAACAGCUUAAGCUUUUAAAGGGAAUUACUCCUUGACAUUUUUAUUGGUUCGGUAAAGAAGCUUCCUGUUUCUCUGCCCGUCAUGCCCAUCAUGCAUGAUUGUUCAAAAUGUGAAGAUAAUAUUGUUGAGGAGUUUGAAUCCACACUCUCUUAUAAAAGACUCUAGGGUGACCACCAAUGUGUCUAAUUGAUUUCUUAACCUAUCUCAAGUUCUUUCGCUGCUUAGAAAGAUGCUUGGGAGGACUGUGAAUUACUUUAUGUUGAUGAAAGAUCAGAGGAACUCAGAAUAACAAACAUUGUUGUGCCUCCUAUAUAGCUAUUUGACCAUCAGUUGGAAUGGAUGAACUUUUGAGCAUAGAAAAUGUCAUAACUGAGGCUAAAGAACAUAAUCCAAGCAAAUGCUGUUCGGUGUCAAGAAUUAUUGUAAUCAAUUGUUUCAUCCAAAUACCAGGUAUGGUAGGGUGAUAGGCCUUUGAAGGUUUAAGUUAGGAAAUAUAAAACAUAGAAGUUAGUAAGAAGUGGUUAGGGGUAGUUAGGAGGAGUUUAAAUAGCAGUUAGGGGAAGUUUUAAUUAGUUAUUAGGCAGUUUUUGUCUUUUAGGGUGUGUUCACUUGGGGGUGAUUGGGAGAGAAUGAUUGCGUGGAUUUGAGGGUAAUUUUUGUUGUUGUUUAUUUGAGUAAUUUUGGAGGUGGGCGUGUACUAGUUCUGGUUGAGUAUUUUAUUUCUAAACAGAGACUGUCCUGUUUAGAAGUGAAUGUUUUCCCUUGGAGGUUGUUGAUUGUUUUAGUCUUUUCCAUUCAAUAAACUGCUUCGUCACAGUGAGGAUUCA